UGUCACACUUUUCAAACUCUCAGUUCCAGAGGUGGAAGCUCACGUCUCCUCCUCCACCUCCCCCAAAUUUCGUCUCCGGCCACGACACCUCACCCGCUUACUCCGCGACGGACUCUUUGACUCCGAGCUCGCUAUCCUUAAACCUAGUCUUUUACAUAGAUACCUCACCCCUUCACCUUCAAAUCAGAGUAACAAAUACCAAAUGUUCACUUCUCUGUCUUCCUCGUUACCCAACCUCGUCUUCUCGCCCUUUCCUGACCGAACCAGAACCCCAAACCUUCUUCUUCCCCGCGCCCAAUUCGCUUCCCUUUCUACCCACAAACCGUUUCUUCGUGGGUCGGCCUGUGUCGCUCGUUUCUGGUUCAAACCCGGUCUGUUUCCGGACGGGGAUGGCGCGGCUGAGGGGGUGAUUACGGACUUGUUUAGUAGAGCUGAGAGUAUUCUUUAUACGAUUGCUGAUGCUGCUGUAUCAAAUUCGGAUACAGUUACCGCUACAACCAAACAGAACAAUGAUUGGCUCUCUGGUAUUACCUAUUAUAUGGAAAGUGUUUUAAAGGUCUUAAAAGAUGGGUUAUCUGUUUUGCAUGUUCCUUAUGCUUAUGGGUUCGCUAUUAUACUUCUAACUGUUCUUGUUAAAGCUGCCACGUUUCCUUUGACUAAGAAGCAGGUAGAAUCUGCAAUGGCUAUGCGAUCCUUGCAGCCUCAGAUAAAGGCUAUUCAGCAACGGUAUCCUGGAGAUCAGGAGAGAAUUCAACUUGAGACAGCCAGAUUGUAUAAACUAGCUGGCAUAAACCCAUUUGCAGGAUGCCUACCUACUCUUGCCACAAUACCUGUGUGGAUUGGACUAUAUAGAGCCCUUUCGAAUGUAGCAGAUGAGGGACUUCUUACUGAAGGAUUCUUUUGGAUACCAUCCCUUGCUGGUCCAACUACAGUUGCAGCUCGUCAAAAUGGCAGUGGCAUCUCUUGGCUGUUCCCUUUUGUUGAUGGACAUCCACCGCUUGGGUGGUCUGAUACCUUGGCAUAUCUUGUCUUGCCAGUAUUGCUGGUUGUUUCACAAUACAUCUCUGUUCAAAUCAUGCAAUCAUCACAGACAAAUGAUCCAAACAUGAAGAGUUCUCAAGCAAUAACGAAGAUCCUUCCACUAAUGAUUGGUUAUUUUUCUCUUUCAGUUCCUUCUGGUCUAAGCCUUUAUUGGUUCACAAAUAACAUAUUGAGCACAGUGCAACAGGUGUGGCUUCAGAAGUUGGGAGGUGCAAAGAAUCCUGUGAGCCAAGAAGACCAACUCUGGAUUCAGAAGUCAGUCUCUGAAUUAAAUUCCACAAAAACAAAGGCUGGACAAGUUGAAAAAUUGACACCAGAAGAUUCCACAAAAACUAAGGCUGGACAAGUUGAAAAUUUGACACCAGAAGGGUUACGUCCUGGCGAAAGAUUUAAACAGCUAAAGGAGCAAGAGGCCAAAAGAAGACUACAAAGAGAAGAAGAGAAGAGGAAAGCUGAAGAGGCUGCUGCAAAAAGUAGUUCAAUAGUAAAUGGUAGUCCUGAAAAUGCAUCUGAUAUGGAUAAUGGAGCAAGCAUGGCUAGUGCUGAUGUAGUUGACGAGAAGUCUGCAAACAGCAUUAACAAUUCCUCUACUGUUGGAGUUGUAAAAGUUGAUUUAUCUGGGCAGAACCUUAAGAAAGAUGAAAAGACAACUUCAAUUUUGAGUACGGAAAAAGGUGAAGUUUCCAAUUCUGAGGCCUCUGGAAGGGUUGAACAUCAGUCCUAUGAAAAUAAACAAAAGGAAGUAGAAGUACAUGGUAGCAUGAUAACAGAUAGCAAACUUUCUGAAGAAGACGUGCAUCAAGCCACAAGGGAGCGAUGAAAGAGGGGUAUGGCCACUAUAGUGGUAUUCCAAAUGAAGCAAGAUUAACAGGCAUUAUUGUUUACACGUUAUGUUGAAUGUGGAGAGCAAGGUUUUGUAUCCUUCUUGCUAAAAGGAGCAUGUGAGCAAGCAGCCUUCACUUGUAUCUCUUUUAUUUUCUGAUUGGUGACCUCUCUGAGGCAUAUUGGGUGUAAAGGAUUGGUAGAAUGGUUAAAUCAGUAGAAAUUUUGGGGCAUCCCAUUUGAUAGGAAAUUUUUUUUUUUAAGUGGUCUGUAUCAAAGGCAAUUUUAUGUACUUUCAGAUUCUUGGAAACAAAAUUCACUGUACAAGUAGAACAAUAGGAGUUAAAUCUUUUUUCCAUCUUUUAGAAGAAGAGAAGAAAUAAUGAAUUAUGUGGAGAAAUUUCACAAA